AUGCAGUGGACUGCCCCGACCAACUUCCUCCUCAACUCCAUGGCCCAGAAUGGCGCGGGUUACAAUGCGUCUAACCCGUUUCCACCUGGUACCGGAGACUUCUACAACUACGCCGAGAACGGAAUGUCCUACAACGACAACUUCGGUAUCGCGUACCCGACUCAGUAUUCCAACGCAAGCUGCCCCCGGUCCUACACCGGCGUUGACCUCUCUGGCCUUCCUGCCGAUAUCAGUAUGACCGACUCGCAUCCACCCACCGCAUACCACAUCGAACCGCCGAACCAUCUUGACGCGAUGGAUCUGUCAGACCAUGAGAUCAGCGGCCAGCUCAUGCAGCUAAGCAACGACUUCGACCAUCAUCCGUAUGGUGCGCAUAUGAAGGUGGAGGAUACCAAUGGCUACCAGAGUCCGUACUCCGACCUGACCCGCGCAUCCACUCCUCACGACGAUCCCCCUCGACAUCCCCAUGACCUCUCUGGAGACGGUGUCAUCGACAAAGAGCAGCCCUACGCGCAGUUGAUCUACCAAGCCCUCCUCAACGCGCCCAACAAUACAAUGAUCCUUCGCGAUAUCUACGAGUGGUUCAAAGCCAACACCGACAAGGCCAGUGCCUCGGAGACAAAAGGCUGGCAGAAUAGCAUUCGACACAAUCUGUCAAUGAAUGGGGCUUUCGAAAAAGUUGACCAACCCGGCGAGGAAUCUCGCAAAGGCUUCAUGUGGCGCCUAACCGACGAAGCCAUACGCGAAGGCGUCAAAUCCACAACCCGCUACCGCAGUAAGCAGCCCAACAAGCGCGGCCACCGGACCCAGCAACCACAGCCCCAGCGUCAGGCCUCUGGCGCCAAAGGGGGUCAAGCUGCACGUCGCUCAGCAAGGAUGAAGCGAAGCGGGAGGAUGCACGAUGGAUACCGUAAUGGCAAUGACCAGUACAUGUCUCGAUCUGUGCCCGCGGCUUUCGAUCCGAAUUAUCGCAGCGUACCAGCGGACGCCUACCCACCCAGUCCAUACUACGGAAGCGACGUGGACUUUGGCUAUCCAUCGUCGUCGUCCUCCCGAACCGACGACUUCGCCCUCAAUAAUCCCAACGCCAACGUCCUUGGUCCACACCACCACGCUCAUCUCGAUCUCUUCUCCCCGCCCACACGUUCCUACCCGGGUAGUCCCAUGUCGCAACACCACCACGAUCUAUCGCGCACCAUAUCAGCACACUCCCUAUCGCAACCUCUUCAACAUGGCCUGCCUAUUGGCGACACGGCGUAUUCCAAGCGCGGAUGA